UUGCAAGGAAAGAAUCUUACUAAAGUCACUCUACAAUCCUUUGUUGCAUGGAAGAAGCGGAAGUUACGUGAAAAGAAACAGAAGGAGGCUGACGAGGAGAAGGCGAAGAAGGACAAGAUCAAAGCUGGUAGAGCGCUCGGAAUGAGCGGUAGGGAUCUGUUUACGUUCAAUGCUGAUGCAUGCGUGGACGACGAAGAUGCAGAAGAUGUUGAAUUCGAACACGAAGAAGUCGAUCCGGAUGAGAAGGUGUUUGAAAUCGACAACAACUUUUUCAAAUUCGAAGGAAUGGAUGACGAUUUAGAUGAGGAGGUUACACCAGCUAAUGCAAAUACUUACCAAUGUUUAGGAGUUGCAUCGGUUGCAAUUAAUGAAGAGUUGUUUGACGUUGACGAGGAACUAGAAGGUCUAACUUCGGAUGAGGAUGAACCAACUGCCUCUGCAGCGGUCAGCUGA